UUUUUACAGUUUUGUUCACCUGUGUCUGACUUGUUUAUGUUUUCUUAAUGGUGGAUGACCUGAGUGCAGCACUUUCUAAACUCGAGUGUCGAGUAGCACUUCUGGAGAAAACACCGGCAGCAGCUGCAGCUCCAUCAGUUCCCUGCACAAAUGGUAAAGCCGCUCCACAUAAAAGCAGGGUUCUGGUGAACGAGGAAGACGCCGAUGAUGAUAUUGACCUGUUUGGCAGUGACGAAGAUGAUGACGAGGCAGAAAAACUAAAAGCUCAGAGAUUGAAGGAAUAUGCCGAAAAGAAGGCCAAGAAACCCGCCCUCAUCGCAAAGUCCUCAAUCCUGCUGGACGUCAAACCUUGGGAUGAUGAAACAGACAUGGUGAAGUUGGAGGAGUGUGUGCGCUCUAUCCAGACCGACGGCCUGUUGUGGGGCACAUCCAAGCUGGUUCCUGUGGGUUAUGGCAUCAAGAAGCUUCAGAUCGCGUGUGUGGUAGAGGACGACAAGGUGGGAACAGACUUGUUGGAAGAGGAGAUCACCAAGUUUGAAGACUUCGUCCAGAGUGUUGAUGUUGCAGCUUUCAACAAGAUCUGAGUUUGUUUGUUUUUUAAUUUGCCAUUUUCUGUUUUUUCCCCUCUCUGUCACAUUUAAUUUCUCAACUUGAUUCUGUCAACGGUUAAUAAUAAUUGUGAUAUCAAUAAAAAAAACUAUGCACUGAAA